ACGCCCGAAAGCGGGCGCUCGCUAUGCUUUCUGGGAGUUGUAGUUCUCCUCGGCGCCAGGCAGCGCCCGGUGGGGCGGGGCGGGGCCAGGCGGUCGGCGGCACGGCGGACUCGGUUUCCCAGCGUGCCCGCGAGCAGGGGGUGGCAUGGCGGGCAAGGAUGACACCGGAGUUCGACGAAGAAGUGGUGUUUGAGAAUUCCCCACUGUACCAAUAUCUGCAGGACUUGGGACACACAGAUUUUGAAGUAUGUUCCUCGGUGUCACAGAAGGCAGAGCAAUGUGCAGCAGCAGAAAGCCAAAGGGAGCAGACUGUGCGUGCUGCCCAGAAGCAAGGCAUCCUGUCAAAACUAGUUGAGUUUUUUAGAAGCUGGUUUCCUUUUGCACAGUUAAAGAAAAAUGAUGACGUACUUCACCGACUGGAUGUUGGAUUUCGAUUUGACACGCUCCGUACCAUCCUGCAACAGGAAGUUCUGCUGCAGGAGGAUGUGGAACUGAUUGAAUUCCUUGACCCCAGUAUCCUGUCUGCAGGGCAGUGUAAGCAACAGGAAAAGAGACAGCUUCCAACGCUACGCUCCCUAGCAACUCCUAAUAUUUGGGAUGUCUCGCUGUUCCUUGCCUUUGUAAGUGCGCUGCUCAUGUUUCCCUCGUGGUGGAAGGAAUCCUCAUGGCUGCUGUGCGGACCCCUGCUGCUCCUCUAUGCGGCCUUUAGAGUGUGGGGCACGUGGAGGACAGCCAAGCUGCAAAUGUCCCUGCGAAAAUACUGUAUCCAGCUGGAAGAAACAGUGGCCAAUAGCCGAGCCUUUACUAAUCUCGUGAGGAAAGCUCUGCGACUCAUUCAGGAGACUGAAGUGAUUUCCAGAGGAUUUACCCUUUUGCUUGACAGGGUCAGUGCCGCUUGCCCAUUUAAUAAAGCUGGACAGCAUCCUAGCCAGCACCUGAUUGGCCUCCGGAAAGCCGUGUAUCGAUCCGUCAGAGCCAACUUCCGAGCUGCAAGACUGGCUACUCUGUACAUGCUGAAAAAUUACCCUCUGAACUCGGAGAGUGACAACGUGACCAGCUACAUCUGUGUGGUCCCCUUUAAGGAGCUGGGUCUGGGACUGAGUGAAGAGCAGGUCUCUGAAGAGGAGGCACACAAUCUGACUGAUGGUUUCAGCUUGCCUGCACUCAAGGUGCUCUUUCAGCUCUGGGUAGGGCAGAGUUCAGAAUUUUUCAGGAGGCUGGCGCUGCUGCUCUCCCCGGCCAACGCGUCCCCCGAGCCCUCGGCGUCGCCGGAGCGGCUGCCCCACCACAUCCUGCGCGACGUGACCCAGGGCCUCCCUGACACGCUCGCCGCCUGCCUGGCGGAGCUCAGGAGGAGCUACGAGUUCUACCGCUACUUCGAAACCCAGCACCAGGCAGGCUUGCAGUGGCCAGCCAGGGGCAAGCAGCAGUGCAGAGAGCUGAACAGCCUCCAGACAGCGGUGCGCAGCUUGCAGCUGCACCUCAAGGCCCUGCUCAAUGAGGUAAUAAUUCUUGAGGAUGAGCUUGAAAAGCUUGUUAGCACUAAGGAGACACCCGAGUUGACAACAGAAGCCCAUCAGGUUCUGGAACAAAAACUAAAGUUUCUUCAGCCUCAUAUCCAGGCAAGCAACAGCUGCUGGGAAGAAGCCAUUUCUCAGGUGGAAAAAAUGAGUGGAAGAAACCCAAAUAAAAAAGGCAAAAUUGAAGUUUCCUGUGACAACCUACAGCAUACUACAGUACCUUUAACACAGCCUGCCAUAUACAUAGAAAACAAAGAUCCAAUCCCUGAAGAGCAGGAACUGGAAGCAUAUGUUGAUUAUUCAGAUACAGAUAAUGAAUACAAAAGGGAAGAUUUUUACUGCUUCUCCCAAGAAGAAAGAGAGAGGCAAGAGCGAGAGAGACAGGAAUCUAAGAGGGUGUUACAAGAAUUGAAAUCUGUGUUGGGAUUCAAAGCUUCAGAAAUUGAAAGACAGAAGUGGAAACAGCUACUAUUCAGUGAACAUGCUGCAGUGAAACCCUUGUCUCCUGUAGAACCAUUGAUGCUACUAAAUAAUGUGGAAUCACAUAUGAAUUCAGAUACAGAAAAGCAGGACUGCAGCCAAAGUUGUGAUAAAUCUGAAGAAAAAGACUCUAAUCCUGAAGUGAAUGCUGCUGAUAAAAGCAGGACAGAAUAUUUGUAUGAAGAUCCUGAGAUGGAGAAAAACAAAGACAGUAUUACAGAUAAAGAUGUUUCUAUGGGGGCUGAAGGAAGAAUGUAUUAUCAGUGUGAAGGGGAUGCUGAAGAGCUCAAGCCAAGCAGUGUGGAUGGAGUAGAGGCUUCACAGCCUCCCUCUAAGGAUGCACUACAUUCAAAAAUCAAGGAUAGGCUGGCCCAGCUCCACAUAUCAACAGAUUUUAACUUCACAUCUGGUCUGGCUGCACAAGUUGCUGCCAGGUCUUUCACUUUUACUACAAUGCAGGAAGAGACUUUUGGAGAUGAUGGGGAGGAGGAGGAGGAAGAAAAGACACAGGAGAAUGAAGACCUUGUGGAGAACUGUGAAAAUGAAGAGAGAGGCUCUGAAAGUGAAGGAAAAGUAUAAGUCUGAGCUGAACUUUAUUAAACUAACAGCAGGCAGUUUGAAGGAAAAAAAAAAAACUAAGGUGGGGGGUUGAAGCUGAAAAUACUGGAUGGAAAAAAAAGGAGACCUAAAUAUAAUAGAUCAUGUUCCCUAAGACUGAUACACUAAAUAGGACUUCUAAGUAUAUUGAAAAUUUGCAGGUAAGAGAAGUUUGCGCUGCAUCCAAGAAACAGAUGGCUGUCCCUUUUUAAGAUCCUAGUGACAGGGGUUGGAAUUUACCUUUGUGUUUUCUGUUUUAUUUAUUUAUAUUAUGACAUAUUGCAGUUUUUCGUUUCUAAAAAAAGGAAAAACAAUGUUUUGAUUUACAGCAGACUCCAUUUUUUUCUCUCUUGAGUCUUUUGUCAUGGUAUCAAUGUUUGUUCCAACAAAAACAGCCAGGACAUUUCUUUUGGAAGAACCUGAACUGUUCCCCGUGAUCUUCCCCCACCACUUUUGUUUCACUUCUUGUGUCUGCAGUGUGUUGGCUAAGCCAUGAUAGGCAUUUGUGAUUCUGCAACUAGUGAUGUGGCACCCACCUAAAAUGUAGAAUUUUAAAUAAAAACUUGAAAGAGAUAGUAUUUCAUCUGUCCUGGGGUAUGGGGCUGAAAUAGUAUAAAGUUAGUCAUGCUUCAUAUUACGGUUUAUUUAGAAUUUUAUGAAGGGUUAAUAAAUGAGGUCUAUAAGUUGUAAUUCAUGUUACAGAAAUGUGUUGUAAGUAAAUUUUAAGGAAGAUUAUAAGCACACCAGUAGAAAGUACUAUUGGAUUGACAGAGAUGAAAAGUAAACACCUAUUUAUUAAGCCAGCUAUUAAUUGUUUGUUGACCUGUUUGAUUUGAUAUAAUGAUCGAUUGUACAUUUUUGCUUAUGUCCUGAAGUAAUUUUCUUAAAGGAAAUUAUCUGAGAGCUUAACAACAUGCAGUGUUUUGUUUGAACACCAUACUUGCUUUUCACUAAUGUUGUUUCACUUUUCCUUAGAUCACAACUUUAACCUGUGGGAUUAAGAAUCCAUGAGAGAACUACAGUUGUGCGUUUUGUGUCUUGUAACUUAGUUAACUGAUGAUGAAGUCUGGACAUUUGGUAUGAGGUUAUGCAAGUUGCUUUUUUCUCUGUGGUGGUAUUACAAGGAACAGGAAACUGAUGCUAACCUCACAGAGGAGCUGGUUAAUGAUUUCAUUGCCCUCUCUUCCUUUUGCUUUCUGACACAAAACAAAGCAAAGCUCCCGUGUCUCUAAUGGCAAGAGCACCACUUCUUUGUGUGGAAUACUCUCCUUGGACCCAGAUACACUUCCAGGACAAAACACUGCAUCAGUUACUUGGAGUAUUUAUUGGGUUUUGCAGAUUCUAUAGAGUAAAGGGCUUUUUAGGUGCUGGUGGUGCAGAGCAAUAUCUUUCCUAGGAUGGUGUCAUGGAAAGCGGGGAAGGUAGCACCAGUCAGCAGGUUAGGGUGGAACUCUUGAUGGUAUGCCAGAAAACAAGGGUUUUCUUUCAACUCCCUGGCCUGUAUUAGUGAUUUUGCAUGAACACUGUGAAAUAUGUGGACUUUUUCACAGAUGGUAAAGAGGGAAAUACCAAUUGAUAGAGAAGGGAGUAUGACUUACAGUGUUCUUUGACUGUAUAGUGCCUGUCUUCUCCCUCAAACACAGGUUCUGGGAAGAACAUGUUGCCGUUUUUCACUGACCAGUAACACUGUGUUCUGUGUCCUUUAUUUUGUGUAAGUGACUGGAAGCUGAGUGGUUGAUGUCUUAAGGAGGUUGUAGAAAAAAAAAAUCAGAUGCUUUUCAUAGUGUACUCAAGAGAUAAGCCUCCUCUUAGUGGUAGAAUAUAUUCUUCUAUAACUAAAGAUUAGGCUAAGAUGAUGAAACACUUUUAUUUUCUCUGUGGUAAGCAAUUUUUUUUACCAAGUCUAGAACAGCUGCUUUGGAUAGAUUGUGUUUGAAGCAUUGUCCAUGCUUCUGAAGAAGUCUUCCUCAUUCUUAACUUGAGAUCCUCACAAAGUGCCCAGAUAUUUUUUGUUCCUAGCUAAUUGUUCUGACAGCAUAAAUGUAUCUUCCAUCAAUGUUUUUCCAUUAACUCAUCCACCAUCAUCUCAUGAUCUGAUGUUGUGUAUCCCAGAAGAGGUACUCCUGACCUUUUUCUAUGGGAUCCAAAUCAUAGUUUACAGUGCAUAUGGCUAUGAUACCAACCUGGAAAUAUAAUCAGAUUUAGGAUAUUAAUUAUCAUUGUGCUCACAGUUUCAGAUGAAGUCAGUAGUAGCCUGAGUUGCAUUGGUACUGGAAUUGGUGACAGAUCUCACAUUUAUAAAAGCUGCUAUCUCUUUAUUCCUUUGCUGCAGUCCUUAGUAAAAAUCCUGGAGAAUCUACUUUGGUGGCUCACUUGGGGUCCAGUUUUAUUAUAUGCUGGUCUUGGUAAUGAAACUGGCCUAAAAGCCCUGUCCGUCAUGAGUUGUUCAUUUUCAUCCAGCAGAUGUGUCAACAAGGGGUUUGUGGCCAUGUUAUAAAACAGUUCAUGAGUCCACCCAGGUGAAAAAUUCACCCUUUUUAGGCUUUUUUGCUUUUCACCAUUAUUGCAGCAAUGCAGUAACAGCAGUUACCUCCAAACAGCUGUAUCAGCACGUACUGUGUUGCUGGCCUGAGACUCAGGAUUGCCCACUUUACAUUAUUGGCAAAGAUGGUGUAGUGUGAAAUUACAGCCUUGACAUUAGACACAGCUGUGAUCAAACGAUGACUUUUUGGAGGAAGUCCUGAUCCUACUUUGAACAAACAGAUUUUCUACAAGCAAUUUAACUGAUUUCCAUGGUCUUACUUAAUAUGGUCUUAGAAGUUGCCCAUAUGAACACCUGGACUCACUUGUUUUCUCUGCCUCUCAUCACCUCUGUAUGAAACAGCCAUCAGGUCAUUUAUUUUGAUGUAUUUAAUAUUCUCCCUGAAGAAAAAUAUUGCUAACAGUGUACAGCACACAAAGCCUGACUUCUCUUGAUUUGAUAACCAGGUACCAUCUGUGUAUGUCAUAAACUCUGUUAUGAUCCAGAUUUCCUCAUAAUUAUGUCAUUUGAAGUGACUGUGUAUACAUGCUGUAGGUUCCUUCAUGAACCUGACAGAUUUCUUAGCAUAAUUUAUUGCUGCCUUUAAAAUAAUGUUUAUGAACACACUGAAGUGUGCAUUAGCUCUAAUGAGUUGUCUUAAUAUAUUGAGCAUGUCAAGGUCUGAGUGCAGUUCUGUGUUCUUUGGCUCGUUACCCCAGAUAGGGAUUUUUGUAAAAACAGAACAUUUGCUUCUUAGAGCUUUGUAACUUUUAGAAACAUUUAGCAGGAAGUCCAUACUAAAUUAUGGGCUGUGACAAAGAAUAUCAAAGCUAAAAUCCUUUGUAAAGAGCAGAGCUAACAAUAAAUGCAUUUUCCCUAUCCCAUUUCCAAUUAGUAGUUCUGUGAAGUAAAGAAACAAGUAAUUAUAUAGGGUUAAAUAAUUUCUUCUCCUUCUACCUGGAAAGCACUCCAAAGACAGUAUUUGCUUCUUAGAUUGGAUUACAAUUUAACACUACAUCUUUUUAUAUCACUUCACUUUACAGCCAAAGAUCUAGGUAGAGGCUUAAAUCUAGGCAAAGAUCUGUGAUAAGAAGGUCCCUUUUGUUACGUGUAUGUAUUCAUGACAGAAAUUAAAUGGUUAUGUCAUGGAAGCAAAUGUAGAGAGUUACAGAUAAUAGAGCAUCUUUCAAAUGCAAUUAAAUGUGCCUCUGUCAACUAACUACAGGCAAGAUUUGCGAGUGUGAAGGCUUCUGCCAUCAGUCAUAGAACUGAGACAGUUUUACUCCCAGCAGAGGAUUGCUGGACAUCAAUGAAUCUUGCACUUAGAUUUCUAAAUGCAAGAUGGAAUCUGGUAGAGUAGCCAGUUUUACUGAGAUUUCAGACUUUGUCCCAAGCACACCUGUCUCCAUGUGACUGUUUGUUACCAUAUUGGAAAUUUUAUGGUUUUUUUCAGAAAUGAAAAAUUUGCAACUUUCUCAUUAAUUUAUAUGGUGGACUGUGUGGAGUUGUUUGCCCACACCGGAUUCUGUAAUCUUGUAGGUUAUCCCUUUCUUUUUCUUUUUUUUUUCUUUUUUUUUUUUUUUUAACAAACAAGAGGACAAGUACGCUAAACUACCCUUGACCCUUAAACUAUUUUGUGAAGGGCUGCUGUAGUUCUGCAAGUGGCUUUUUCCAGGGCUAAUUGCUUUCUAGAAUUAACAGGUUUCAUACUGUCUCAUCUGAGCAGAGUGUGAGAAUGGCACUUGGUCAGUGUAAAGGGCCAGGCUGCUCGGGGAUCUUGUCUGUGACAGGGACUAAACAGAUGCUGAGGGAAGACUAUUGUGUAGUGAUACUUCUCCAGACUGUUCCUCAGCAAUUUGUGGCUCAGGGACUUCUUGACCCAGCGGUGGUGGAUGUCACCUGAACAGGUUCUGAUGGAAUCCUUCUCCAUAGACUUGCUCAGCCUCAUGUUUGGUCAGUUAUUCCUAGUUCCAGUGCUAGUAGUGGUCAUCUUUACAUCAUCAUUACUGUCUUGUACACACGAGACUAUUUGUCAAUAAACUUCUUUGAUGUUCUACUUUCCUCAGUCAUUCUGCAGAGGUCAUGUUUUCUGCCUUUUGUUUGCUUUCCUUGCAAAUCUCUCCAGUUUUGGAUGUGUAAUAACCAAAAUGCGGUGCAGUACUCCAUACUAACCUCAGCAGUGCAGAGUACAGAGUCAUAAUCACCUCCCAUAAAACACCAAACCAUUCAAAUAUAUUUGAGUCCAUAUAGAAGGAAAAAUCCUUUGAGAUCCUUUAGCCCUAGCUAUUAGGAUGGCAAAUGAAAAUAUUUGGUCUGAUGGAGGAGAAAUAUUUAUUCACUGUCAGCGGGAUUUGGCUGGACAAUGUUUUUCUUUGCUAACAAAACAAAAGUUGUUAAAACAAAAUGAUCUCCCAACAGCUGCCACCUGGUCUAACAGAAACUAAAGAUGCCAAACAACACUUGUUUAAAUUUCAAUUUGACUUUUCAGAGCUUUUUUGGUCUCUGAUGCAAAAUGUAUUAUCACAAAAGAAACAUGGCAGUGGAUAGAUGGAUAUCAGAGAUCAAACCAAAGGCCUCUCAACCAAAGGCUAAUUUUUAAAAUGCUUGGUGGUGUGCUUUAUUCAUUUUCUCAUUAUAUUUAAUUCCCUCCUGUAUAUGUGUUUAUUUUGCCACCUGGGAUUUUAAAUGCUUAAAAAUACAUCUGAUUUAUUCAACUUGGAAAUUUGUGCAGAAAUCAGAUAAGAGGUAAUGGUAGUGUGUGGUAAGACACAGUCAUAGCAAGGGGUAAAAUCUACCUCCCAUGAACUUUCCUCUGUAGAUGGCUAAAGCAAUGUGGCUUGAGCUACAGCUGGAUAUGAAACUGUUCUUGAUGUGCUGCCUUCCCUUUCACACUGCUGUGGCUCAGGUUAUUGGCAACUUCUCAGGGCAGAACUUGGCUCCACAGGGUGAGCGCACUGUUAGCCCAUGUUACACUUGCUGUAUUGAACACAGGAUUCUGGAAAAGUCACUAUAAUUUAGUAGACAAGGAAAAAGUUUCUCUGUUACAAAGUGGCUUAUUAUAAAAGGGUUGAAUGGGACCAAAACAUGAAUACUUUCAUGUGAUCAGCAGCAUAUUCUGACCCUUGUACCUUCUCAGCUUUAAAUCUUAAAGGCCUCAUGGACAGUUUGCUUUAGAGGAUGCAGCUCUAUGACAGCUUAAAUCACUUCAUGGCCAUGAAAUCCCAGUCCCUCCUCUAGGCUGGCUUUUGUGAGCACUUAGUGAUCUAGGAUAUGGAUAGGACUGGAAGUUCAUCAGUGCUUUAACUUGCAGCUGGCUUCCUCAAUCCUAAUGAGGAUGACGCCACUCAUUACUUUCCUCACGCAUUUUGAUUCCUUUUGUUCUUGAGGCCUAGGCUGCCCAAGACCAUUUGUGUCUUAUUCCCCUAAGUUUCUAGGAACUGUUUAUGAUACUGCCAGUAAAACUGAAACUAUUGUGCAGGUUUUUUGCUACUUACUCAUUUCACCCUUCUGGACCCUCUGACAUCCAUGGUCCUCUCCCUUGACCACCACUCUUAAGAGGUUCAGAUUUUAAAAUAACACACAAAUUCUUUUUACAUGUAUUUGUAACAGAAAUAACUAGAUCUAGAGUUGUGUACUGACUUUCUCACUAGAGAACUGAAACAGAAGGCAGGCACCAUGAAUGGGGAACGUACUGUCAAAACAGAAAUAAUAAUGUAUAGUAGCUCAAAUUUAUACCACACUCUUGACUCGUAUAAGUAAUUCUGGCUUACUGAAAAACAUUUUAAAGUUGCAUUUUAAAAAUAACUGCAAUUCUAUUACAAGGUCCCAAAAUAAGUGUCAUUAGUUGGCUUGAUUUGUGCUCAAAUCUUAAUAUUUAAAGAUUGCUUCCUGACCUUCUCCAGCUGCAUGGAUGAGAACUGAAAAUAAUCUCUGAUUUCCAAAAGAGAGAGUGACCAAUCCUUUCCGUUACUUUGUGCUAUUAAAGAAAGGUCCACUCCUAAACAAACAAAAAGAGAAACGUCAGUGCUUAAUAUCUUCAAUAGCCAUUACUGACAGAGAAUCGUGCAUUUGAUCUCAAUAGAAGCACCAUAAAUGCAGGCUAUUUAUAAUGUUUGAUAUCUGUGUUUCAAUAAUAAUAAUAAUAAUAAUAAUAGGCUUUAACUGUAUUAUGGGAUAAAAGCCAGAAAUGUACAAACUGUCCGGUAGAUCUUUCAUCCAAAGGCACAGCUGGUGAAAUUUAAACAAGUUCCUGUUGGCUGUUCCUGCACUACUCAGUAGGAUGUUGCCGUCCAAGCUUUUCAUGUCCCAGCGUGGAUGUUCACGGGUGGUCUGCAGGCACCUGUGUCCUUGAGGUCUGCAAAGCUUGCAGUGAUCACAGAACAGUGCUGAGUGAAACCUAAAUAGGAAAAGGACGCUUCACAAACAUUUUGGAUUUAUUGUCUGUCUUCCUCUGUUGCAGCAUCCAUGCCAUAUGCAAUCCCACUCGUGAACUUUUUCCUUCCCACUUUUCAUAGGCCACACAAACCAAUCGGGGAGGGUUUUAUAGUUUGUUUCUCACCUAUGGUUCUAUCUGUAAUGCACCAGGUAAGUUAUUCCCAGCAGAAAUUUAAACAUUAGUGGCCAAACUGCAAAAGAUGGGCCCUGGGCUGAAGAAGCUCUUCUGGUUUGACCACUUCUGCAAGGGGUUCUCCUAAGGUGGGUGACCACAGGAGUGCUGAGCUAGGUGCAAUAACUCUGCAGGUGUCUUUCAAAGCUCCAGUUUUUAUUAAGUCUGUCCUUUUCUCUAAUUGUCUCUCUCUUCCCUCUUAGCUGCCUUUAGCUCUUCUCCAGUAUUCUCUUUCCAGCUGCUGAAGAAUUUGGCCACUUUUUUCCUUCAGUUCUGAGGCCUUUGUCUAAACCUUAUGAAAUGAUAGGUAAGAGGGAAAUCCAUGCCAAGGUGCUGCUGUGCAUUCUCAGUCAUGAACUCAUAAACAGAAGGGUUCUAAGGGCUGGUGCAAUGUCUGUCUUGACAUUCCUUCCAGGAAGCUCUGACCUACAUUUCAACCUGGCCUCCUAUUUCUUCCUGGACUUCAGAACAUUCACUCCCAGGAAUUUCUUUCCCUCCUUAAUGGUUGUAAGAUGCUAAUGCCUCCUCAGCAAGACUGACCCUCAAACACAUGUUCUUCGUUACAUGAGCCUUACUUGUUCUUUCCCACAGGAGGGUGGCACAGUCAUGGCUGAGUCUGCCUUCCCCUAAACAAGUUUGCUGCUUGCAGCAGUAGGGGCUGAACAUGUACUCUCCUGCUGCUAUAUCAUGUGCUUUGGCUCCACAGCUGCCUGAUCUUGAGCUCAGGAAGUGCUGGGAUCUAGCAGUUGUGCUUAAACCUUUCCCACUGGUAAAGAGCAUGUGUUUUCAGAAUACAAGUAUUACUAAAUCUCCCUGAACUGAACCAUUUUGAAUUUUAUAUUGAGGAGCAUAAACAAAUUAUUUCUUAAUUUAAGGGGUUUGAAUAAGCUUUAUAAGUAUAUAUGUGUGUGUGUAUGUGUAUAUACAUACAUACAGACAUAUAUAUAUGUAUAUACACACACACACAUACACACACACACACCCCUUCAUGAUGUAGAUGUGUACUGCCAUAUGUCCCACUGCAAGGCUUGUCUAGCAAAGAGGUUGUAUUUUUUUCAUAUCAAAUUAUCUCGUUACUUACUUGAAAGGUAAACAAAAACUUCAUUCUUGCUAUCCAAAGGCAAAAGAAUUGUAUUCUACCAAGCAAACUGUGGAAGUAUUUCCAACCUGAUUUUACAUCUCCUAUUAGAAAAGCUGCUUCACUUUGUUUUCACUUAUCAAGUCUUUGCGCCUGAGCUGCUGUGAGUUCCUGUAUGGCCAUUUGCCCUGUCUUAAACAUGUAAACAAAUACAUGUUCUUCAACAUCUCCUGCCUGCUAAGUCCUAGCUUUUCCCAAAACAAGGCCUAAAGGCAGCAUAGAUUGCCAAGGAACCACAGGGAAGGGAAAGAAAAGAAUCUUGAUAAGCUGCUGCUUAAUUGGCUAAUAAAUGAGAGCUAAAAUGUAAGAGGAAAUGUUCAAAAGAACAAACUGCAGCAAGAGACUUCUGGCAGGGCUGCAGAGGGAAAUCACAUGAUACAGUCUGAAGUUUGCAGACACUAGGAAGGAUCCACAGUUUCUUGUCCAUGUGGAGACAGGAAAUGCUCACCAGACUGGUAGUCUUCAGCAGCUUUUUUUUUUUUUUUAAAAAGCCUCUAUUUUAUCUAUGUUUCAUUUCCACAGAAAGACUUGCUGCUUUCUGUGCUUUGUGCUCAAGCUGUGUGUAAUCAAUCUCUGCAUAUCUUCCUUUAAGUUCUGUGUGAAGUCAGUCUCCUUCCUUCCACUGCACUGAAAACCUGUGUGCUUCAGCUCUGUGGAGUUUCCCCUGCAGCUGCCCUGCCCGUUGCUGAUGCUGCUUUAAGCAGGGUUCAUUCGAUCAGCCUCAAGGAGGUUUAGAUCAGCAGGUCCUUAAAGCAGCUAUGAAGCCUGGGAGCUGGCUGUGCUAGGGCUCCAAGAACUCAAGUUCUGGGUUGGAUGUAGGCAGUAGCAGGAAGACAUUCCUGAAUGCUGACCUUUUGUUGUGAUAGGGUUUCCUGCCUAUGAUAUUUUCCCAAAUUAUUUUGUGUCUCUUUUUUGUACUUUUAUUUACCUUCAUUCUUUUUCCCAUGGAUAUGAAUCUGGACCUAAAGUCUUCUUUACAUAUUUAAUCAUGUACAUCACCAGGAUUAUUUUUAAGCCAUUUUAAAAUUUGUGCUUGGGUUUCCCCAGUUUCAGAAGUAGUUUUCUUAACUGUAAUGCUAACCACUUUUAAAAUAUUUUUGGUUGCUAUUAUUACUUCAGCAUCUAUAAUAAAAUUCUGCCUCACUAAUGCUUGAAUUGUUUUCUCUCUUUAUCCUGUACCCCUGACAGUUGCCUAGGUGGAGUGGAUGUGACUUAUCCAUCCUUCAAUUAGUAAUGAUUGAAUGGAAUAGAGAAUGCUUAUACAGGGAUGCAAAAAUGCUGUAUGAGCACUUUGCUUGAUUUUUUAUACAGAAUUUUAUUUAUAAUUCCACUUUCAUCCUGAAGAUGGAAUUAAUUUUAAGCAAUCCUGGCAAUAGUUUCUGCAGUGUUUUUUGCUGACUCCUUGGUAGCAGCACUUUAGUAAUGAGCACUUGUUACUCUCUUCUGAAUAAGUAAUGACUGAAAAAAGAACGUUUUUCUGCGUGUCAUAUGCUUCCCAUUGUACUUUCCCCUCAUCCUUCAGAGACCUCUGUGCUGUGGCAACUGUUGGCAAAACUCCUUUUAGCAUCACCUAAAUGCCUGUGUAGGUGGGGCUUUAGGAAGAAAAUAAUGUGUCAGUUGAGGACACUGGUAGCAGGUCUUUAAUCCAGGAAUGGGGCUUAGGUGCUCUGCAGGGGAUGUAUUCUACUUGUGUG